AUGAUUGCUCGACGCAGUACAUCCCUCCUUGCGAUUGUUUUCUUCGUCGCGGUUAUAUUAGUGAUUUUCUCGUCUUCCCCAAAGCCGGUUCCGGAAGCCGUCAGUGAAGAGAUAUCAGCAGCCGCCAAAUAUGUCCCGAAAUUCCCUUCGUUGAACGAUCUGCACCUGCCGACCUUUCAGCCGCCGGCGCAUAAACCCCCCGAGCUACAGCAAGACAGUUCAAGCGGUGAUUCAAAGUGGUUCAGUCACUGGGAAUGGCUCAACCCCUUCUCGUCCUCCAUUACCCUUGACGAGAAUCGGUCCGUACUCCCUCCGCUUCCCAAUCGGCCGUAUAUAUUUACAUACUAUAACCCGAAGAAGGGCAGUGAUAGAGAGGAGGAGAAUGCCGAUGCCCAACUUCUUUUUGCCUGGCGUCGUGCUUGGUACGCUCAGGGCUUCCGACCUGUGGUUCUUGGUCGUGCGGAGGCUAUGGCCAAUCCAUUAUAUGAGUCAACGAAGCAAUUGGAUUUGAGCCUUGAGCUAGAAGAGGAUCUUCUCAAAUGGCUUGCUUGGGGUCAUAUGGGAGAUGGUCUGCUUGCCGAUCGGCUUUGCUUUCCAAUGGCGAGAUACGACGAUGCAACACUCUCUCACCUGCGUCGCGGUGCGGAUUCAGAUUUCAUCACCCGAUUCGACAAGAUACAUAAUGCCCUGCUCUUUGGGAAGAAAUCUGUUAUUAACGCCGUCAUUGAAAAGGCAAGCAAGGAGUUUGACAAGGCAACAAAGGCUUUGACGGACUUGAUACCAGAUGAUCUGUUAAAGUCCGAACAGACCAACUCUCUAGCACUUUAUGACUCGGCUACCAUUGCGGCGUAUUACCACGAGCUUACUGCAGAGGCUAUACCCUCUCCGUCGGUCCGCCGGCAUGCCCUAGUAGAUCUCAUCAAUUCCCAUCUGCAGAAUACAUUUGUGAACUCGUUCCCGGGAGGAAUAGCCGUCCUGAAACCUUAUGCUGAGCACACCACUGCGUUGGUUGAACCAGCCUUAAGACUUGCGAAGGCUCUUGGCCAAUGUCCCGACUCUGUUGCACCCACUUCUUGCCCUCCAAAUCUGCGAAACUGCCACCCGUGCAACACACACAAACCAAUGAAAAUCAGCCAACCCGCCACAUACAAGAAUACCACCCAGGUCUUCACAAUAGGCAUCUUGCCGCACCCAUACACCUUCGUCAGCUUACUACAAAACUCUUCGGAAGUUACAACGCGGUACAUUCGACGCGAAACUUCCCGCGAUGCCUGGCUCAAAGAGGUGACCGGCGACCAAAUGGGCCGCCAACUAGGCGGUGGGGCGAGGGCCGUCUUAUUCAAGAAAGUCGUCGCUGACGAGCCAGCUAUCGGCACAUCGCUAUGGAUGACGGUCGAGUCACUCCCCGCUGAGGCCGGCCAGGCCCUACCAAGCGAACUCUUGGACGAGUUUGAAUGGCAGUUUGGAUUCCGGAUCCCACGUGACAGCAAUGUAGACGCCAAGAACGAAGGCGAUGCCAAGGAAUCAAUGCAGCAUGCCAACCCGAGCAAAAAGGGUGUUGAGAGAGAGUAUACCAUCAUCCAAGGAGCUAGGGAUAUGCUAAAGAGAAAGACCGACUCCAACCGGGUCAAUAUCCGCGGUGUGGCCGAGGCGUGGAACAUGGCCGAUACUGAGGUCUGGCGAUUUGUCAAGGCGUACAGAGCGCGAAGUAUCGUCGAACGUAAGAAGUGGGAGGAGGAAGAGAAGAGCUUCUUUGGAGCGCGUCCGAAGAUAUAA